AUGAGCAUAAAUUCAAGCAAGGAGAAGGCGAGGGGUGACCUAGGUCACUCCAAAAAGUUUAUCAAACCUGAAGACUAUAAACAAAUUGAACAAUUCGUUUCUCAAGGAAUUACAGAUCCUAAUGUCAUUUCUCAGAAGGUACCACACAGCGUGCGCAAGAUAAAAACUUAUAUUAAUUGCAUUCAAAAAGGGAUCAAAAAUGUUUUCACUAUUGAAGAAGAUAUUUUGCUUGCCCAAAAAUUAAAGGAAGGAAUCACAAGCCAAUCAGUUCUUGCUAAAAUCAUCAAAACAAAAAUUGAUUGGAUGAUUAGAAACAGAAUCAAAAUAUUUCAUAGGUAUUUUGGAGAGAUCAAUAAUAUUGAUGUUAACAAAUUAAUACAGAAAUUGCAUCAAAAUGAUACUGCAGAUAUUGAUCUUAAUGAUCAAGAAGAUAUCACCCCUAAAGGAUUUAUUACAGACAUUGGUGAUUAUGAAAACACAGAUAAUAUUGAAGCCAACACCAAUGGAGAAGAUGAAAAUAGGCAAACAGAUAUGAAUUUUGUAGAAAAUCCAAUUCAAUUUGAUGAAUUUGAAGAAAACAAUAUGUCAUGGUCAGAAUUAAAUCCAGAUUCAUAUCAAGAGAUUUUUUAA